AUGGAAGUUUUUGUUCCAAAUAAAACAGAUAGGAUAAUUACACACCUCAAAAAAUGUACACAUUUUAUGAAACAAACAAUACCUAAGAAGAAAGAAAAAGUCUUUAACUUAUCCAAUGAUGAACAAUCAAAUCACCAGACUCUUAGUGGACCAACUUUAGAGGUGGCAGUUUCUGAAUAUGAUAGGGGAAUGUUUGAAGCUCUUCAAAAAGAUUCAAUUAGUGUUACUUUAAUGUUCAAUGGGUGGAUGAACAUUAAUAAUGAACAAUUAAUAGGUACAAUGUUAGUAACUUCAGUGGGGAAACCCUAUAUUUGGAAGGUGACAGAUAUUAGUAUGGAGAGAGAAAGUUACACUAAAAUAGUGCGGAGCCAUACACUGUGA